UGGAUGUUUUGGGGGUCAUCACAUGCAAAACAGCACUGCUGAAAAUAUGCUGCAGUGCUGCGGAUAAGAACUGGUAAUGAAAAGGCUGGAUGCUGAUCCAUCAGGCUCGACACUAACGCAUGUAAUGCGUAAAGGUGAUGUGUGAGCCAUUCAAUACCACAAUAUUUGACUGGGUAUGAGUACAUCUAAGCCAGUCCUCGGUGUACAAGGGCCCAGACUCAGAAAAGCAUAUAACUGAUUCAUUACGGCCAAACAACCUACUUAAAGUUAAGCGCCUGUUUAACCACUUUUCUGGAGAGUAAUGUUUUCUUUUUUUUUUUUUUUCCUCCUGAACCACAGCUCUAGGCUGCACAGGACGCAGUACGGUCUGCUUUUAGUUAAGAGGGAAAAAAAGCAAGAGACACGUGUCACUUACUGGCCCUUUAACACAGGAAGAUCUUUGGGCUCCAAAAAUUCUAGUGGCAGUUGAGAAAGGAAAAAGCUGAAAAAAGCUGCGGUGCAGCGAAGCCAAGGCCCAUCUCCUUCAGCCUGGAAACCCAAGCGGAAGUCUGGAGAAUUAACCCUGCCAUCCAAACGCAGGGAGGAGAACACAGAGAUGUUCCACUGAGAGCAGAAUCAAUCCAGUCCUGCAGAUCUCAUCCAAAUGAUGUUAAUAUUUGUGGAAAAGCUCCCACUAACUUCAGCACAUGCUGGAUCUGCUUUUUAGACUUGUCUGCUACAAACAAGCACAUGCUUACGUUUGUGACGGUUGCAUGGUUGGACCCUGGAAAUGGGAUGUCAGUCCCAUUCGGGGAGCAUAAAGGAAGAAAGAAAAUCUCCUAGCUGUUGCUGUUGCUGUGACAGCGAGUGAGAGCCAGAGGCAGGAAAAUGUCGACAGUCACAUCAGCAAUCCAGGCUCCUCAGGGCCCUGUGAAUCCGCCGCCUCCCGAGGUCACUAAUCCUAAUAAGCCUGGCCGGAAGACCAACCAAUUGCAAUAUAUGCAAAAUGUUGUGGUAAAGACCUUGUGGAAGCAUCAGUUUGCUUGGCCUUUCUACCAACCUGUUGAUGCAAUUAAAUUGAAUUUACCAGAUUAUCACAAAAUAAUAAAAAACCCCAUGGACAUGGGGACGAUCAAGAAACGCCUGGAACAUAACUAUUACUGGAGUGCCAGUGAAUGUAUGCAGGAUUUCAACACCAUGUUUACAAAUUGUUACAUUUACAACAAGCCCACAGAUGACAUCGUCCUCAUGGCCCAAGCCCUGGAGAAGAUAUUUCUGCAGAAAGUUGCCCAGAUGCCUCAGGAGGAAGUUGAAUUAUUACCUCCAGUUCCUAAAGGCAAAGGUCGCAAGCCAUCAGCGGGCGCACAGAGUGCAGGAGCACAGCAAGCAGUGGCCGUGUCUUCCGUCUCCCCGCCGGCCCCGUUCCAGAGCGUCCCUCCAGCCGUGUCUCAGACGCCCGUCAUUGCUGCCACCCCUGUGCCAACCAUCACUGCUAAUGUCCCGCCUGUCACUGCCCCUCCCGCCGCUGCUCCCCCUCCGCCUGCUGCUCCGAUAAUGCCCGUGGUUCCUCCUACGCCACCAGUAGUCAAGAAAAAGGGAGUGAAGCGAAAAGCGGACACGACCACCCCCACCACCUCUGCGAUCACUGCCAGCCGAAGCGAGUCGCCUACUCCUCUCUCGGACCCCAAGCAGGCCAAAAUCAUCGCUCGACGGGAGAGUGGCGGCCGGCCCAUCAAACCACCAAAGAAAGACCUUGAAGAUGGAGAGGUUCCCCAGCAUGCAGGGAAGAAGGGCAAGCUCUCUGAGCACCUCAAGUACUGUGACAGCAUUCUCAAGGAGAUGCUCUCGAAGAAGCAUGCAGCCUAUGCAUGGCCCUUUUACAAGCCUGUUGAUGCAGAGGCCUUGGAAUUACAUGACUAUCAUGAUAUUAUCAAACACCCCAUGGAUCUCAGUACUGUUAAAAAAAAAAUGGACAGUCGAGAAUACCAGGAUGCACAAGGUUUUGCAGCAGAUAUUCGGUUAAUGUUCUCUAAUUGUUACAAGUACAAUCCUCCAGACCACGAAGUGGUAGCCAUGGCCAGGAAGCUCCAGGAUGUCUUUGAGAUGAGGUUUGCAAAGAUGCCCGAUGAGCCUGCAGAGGCCCCACCUCCACCUCCCCCAACAGCACCAGUGGUGAGCAAAAGCACAGAGAGCAGUCACAGCAGCGAGGAAAGCUCCUCCGACUCGGAUAGCUCCGACUCAGAAGAAGAGCGAGCGACUCGGCUAGCAGAGCUCCAGGAGCAGCUAAAAGCUGUCCAUGAGCAGCUAGCUGCAUUGUCACAAGCGCCGGUGAACAAACCAAAGAAAAAAAAAGAGAAGAAAGAAAAAGAGAAGAAAAAGAAAGACAAAGAGAAGGAAAAAGAGAAGCACAAAGUAAAAGCUGAGGAGGAGAAGAAACCCAAGGUGGCUCAACCACCAAAACAAACCCAGCAGAAGAAAGCCCCAGCUAAAAAAGCAAACAGCACGACCACAGCUAACAGGCAGCCCAAGAAAGGAGGCAAACAGGCUUCUGCUACCUAUGAUUCCGACGAGGAGGAGGAAGGUCUGCCCAUGACCUAUGAUGAGAAACGACAGCUCAGCUUGGACAUCAACCGCCUGCCUGGAGAGAAGCUGGGCAGGGUGGUGCACAUCAUCCAGUCGCGGGAACCUUCCCUCAGGGACUCCAACCCCGACGAGAUAGAAAUAGAUUUUGAAACAUUGAAGCCCACAACGUUACGAGAACUGGAGAGAUAUGUGAAAUCUUGUUUACAGAAAAAACAAAGGAAACCAUUUUCUGCAAGUGGAAAAAAGCAAGCAGCAAAGUCUAAAGAAGAGUUAGCUCAGGAAAAGAAGAAAGAACUAGAAAAACGGUUACAGGAUGUCAGCGGGCAGCUAAACAACAACAAGAAACCUGCAAAGAAAGAGAAAUCCGGCUCCGCUCCCUCUGGAGGCCCUUCCCGGCUCAGCAGCAGCAGCUCCUCGGAGGCCGGGAGCAGCAACAAUCUUCCUAAAAAAGGUCUUUCAGUGGAAACCAGCCUGGACUUGCUUGACCCCAGCCAGCGUUUGCAGAACCACGGUAACGCAUGA